AUUUCAUAUUUCAUAGACACUAACUUACUUGGCCGCAACUCCCAACCACACCACGCUCUUUCUAUUCCUCCCUACAUAUAUUCCCAUCUCAAAACUUCCUGGAGACAACCAAAAACAUAAACACAAACGCCAAUCGAAACUCUCGCGUUUACUAUGGAGAAGAAGUGUUUUGGACUUGCGGUGGCAUUUGUAUUCUUAGUAUUGGUUCAUGUCUCUGUAUCGGUUCCCUUUAUAGUGCUUCAUGGGAUUGCAGCUGCAUGUUCUGAGGGCAAAGAAGCUAACUUCACGCAGCUUCUCUCUAACUUCUCUGGCUCUCCAGGUUUUUGCCUAGAAGUUGGAAAUGGAGAACUCGAUUCAUGGUUCAUGCCACUUGCUAAACAAGCGGAAAUAGCGUGUGAGAAAGUGAAGCAAAUGAAAGAGUUGCGUCAAGGAUACAACAUUGUUGGAAGAUCUCAGGGGAAUCUAGUGGCUAGAGGCUUGAUUGAGUUCUGCGAUGGUGGACCUCCUGUUUACAACUAUGUAUCUUUAGCAGGUCCUCAUGCUGGAAUCUCCUCUGUUCCUAUGUGUGGUUCUGGAUUAUGGUGUGAAAUAGCAGAUGAGCUAAUCAAGUCAGAUAUUUAUAGCGACUUCAUUCAAGAUCAUCUUGCUCCUAGUGGUUAUCUCAAAAUCCCUACGGAAAUGAAAAAGUACCUAGAAAGUUCCAAGUAUCUACCUAAGCUUAACAAUGAGAUACCAGGCCAAAGAAACUCCACUUACAAUGAACGUUUCGCCAGCUUACAUAACUUGGUUCUUAUCAUGUUUGAAGACGAUAAGGUCAUUGUUCCAAAAGAUUCAUCUUGGUUUGGGUUUUACCCGGAUGGUGAUUUCGGACCUCUUCUCACCGUUCGAGAGACAAAACUCUUUAAAGAGGAUUGGAUCGGUCUGAAACCAUUGAUUGAUACAGGGAAAGUGGAGUUUGUGAGUGUAGGUGGCGCACACCUAAGAAUGUCAAAUAUGGAUAUCGUCAAAUAUGUUGUACCUUAUCUCCAAAACCAACCUUCUUCCGAGCAAAAAAGAUUCAAUCGCAAAACGAAAGAGCCUUUGCGCCCUUGAAAGAGCCAAUAUUUCAAGUUUCAUAUGCUUAUUUAUGCAAUAGUGAAAAAACCUUAGUGAUGGAUGAAUGUGUAGAACAAAAAUCAUUAUUCAUAUAGAUAUCUUAUUAUAUAAAGUUUGGUUCUUGAAAAUUACUAAU